GGUUGUAAUAUUAGUCCACUAUCUGAUACAUUAUUUCAAAAGGCAUCAGGUUUGUGUGCAAAUGCACGGCUAAAAUACUGCGUGAUAUUCGAUUAAAUAUUUACAGCGUUUGUGCAUUGAAGGCGGAUACCGAUGACACUUAAAGCGUUUACGGUGUGAACUACAUGACAUGGCGGAGUAAUAACUAAUGCGCUCUAAGCUUUUUCCUUUUAGAGAAAUUGCUCGGAGUUUUGGAAAUAGAGGAGGUUGAGCCAAGCUGGACCGGGCUGAAGAGUCCUAGGGGCAGCAUCACUUUUGGAAGUUUACGCUGGUGGUUUCAAACAAACGCCAAUUUCGCAAUGUCCUCAUUUUCGCUGCUUGUUUACCUUUUGGGUGGUUGGGUUGCAUGAGCUGUGCCGUAAUUUUACUAACACACGCGCUCCAGCAGUCGGCUGGCGAUUUCAGAGACCGGGUCCUCUAAAUAGAAUGUUACCAAGCCAGGCUGGAUCAGCACCAUCUGGAAACGGAUCAGCGUCUGUCAGUGGUAACACAGGUUACGGUUCUGUGGUUAUUGGGAGUGGAAUUCGCCCCGUGUUGGUCAGAGCAGUGCAGACGACAACUGGGGUCAGCGACAGCACCGGUGCGGUUGGGAUGUUGGGGGGCAACGGUCCAGAAGUGGGUCCAAGAGGUGGGGCAAGACCAGUGAGCGGGACGGGACUGACGACUCUACAGACCGCCGGACAGGGAGGCAUCGGAAGUCUGAAUACGGGAGUUGGGGUUCACGGAGGGAGCCGGUACGACCCAGACAAAAAGUGUGCGCCCAUGGGGUGCAGUGGGUCAGACGCUGAUUCGGACUCGGGGGAUGAUGACGACCUGAUGGGAUCAAUCAGAGACAACAGAAGAGGUGUAAAGCGGGAGAGACUGGAGAUGGAGGCUGCGGUGACAGGGCAGGGGACUGGGGUACCACCGGGGGCUUAUGGUUUAGUCCCCGGAGGUGUUGCUGGCGCAAAACCGGGGAAGAAGACACGUGGACGUGUAAAGAUAAAAAUGGAAUUUAUCGACAACAAGUUGAGACGAUACACAACUUUUAGCAAGAGGAAGACAGGCAUAAUGAAGAAGGCUUAUGAGCUCUCCACGUUGACAGGAACCCAGGUCCUGCUACUGGUGGCCAGCGAGACAGGCCACGUCUACACGUUCGCCACGCGGAAGCUCCAGCCCAUGAUCACCAGCGAGACAGGCAAGGCCCUCAUCCAGACGUGCCUCAACUCUCCGGACUCCCCGCCCCGCAACGACCCCUCCACUGACCAGCGUAUGAGCGCCACAGGCUUCGAGGAGACGGACCUUACCUACCAGGUGUCUGAGUCGGAGAGCCUUGGGGAGACCAAGGACCAGCUAAAGCCUGCGUUCACGGUGGCCAGCCUCCCAGGCACCACCAGUACCCACACGCCCACGGCCCCCACCACCUCUACCAGCAUGCAGGUAAGCAGCGGGCCCUCCUUCCCAAUUACCAACUACCUGGCGCCCGUCUCGGCCAGCAGCAACGUCAAUGCCAACGGCACCAUUCUCAAGACCACCGGUGCCUCCGGAGGGCAGGUCAUGCAGCUGCCCAGCGGCUUCACCUUCAUGUCAGCAGGCACUUCGCUCCCCCCCGGCACCCCCACCAUUCCUCUUAGCCAGCUGCACCAGCACUCCUUGGCCAUCCAGGGGCAGACGCUCACCUCAUCGCAACUGACACAGCAGGGCCAGCAGGCCGUCUUCCGCUUCCCCACUGCAGUCUCCCUAGGGGGAGGGAUGACCCAGCAGCUGCAGGCCAUCCAGGUGCACCCCACCACACAUGCCAACGACAGCAGCUCGGAGAUAUCCCAGACCUCCUCUGUCUCCACUGCGACCAUCGUCACAUCGUCAGUGCCCACAUCUAUGGCGGGUCACAUGAUGUACACCAGCCCCCAUACAGUGAUGUAUGCGUCCACGCCCACGCUGGCCGAUGGUGGCCUGACUGUGCUCAAUACCUUUUCCCAGGGCCCCUCGGCCAUGCAGGUGUCCCAUGGACAAUGCCAGGACACAGGUGAGACCACGCUAGACUACAGUAGGCUACGCUGGGACACAGGUGCUGUCCCUCAGGUAUUCCUUACGGCACCCUCGGGCACCAUGCAGAUCCCAGUCUCGGCAGUGCAGCUACACCCAAUGGUGAUUAGUCAGAAGUCGAGCUUUAGCAGCAGAAAACUGGCAGAGCUGCAGAUGGUCAACCUGGACACCACACAGAGCGCUAAGAACGACUGACAGAGAAACGCAUGAGAACUGGCCAAAUAGACCAAGACUCUCUAUUUAUUGAUGCCUUAGCACUUCAUUUUACACCUCUGUUGCUUUACAGUAUAAUACUGUAAGUAAACAGUCCAUUCGGAAAGUAUUCAGACCCCUUGACUUGUUCCACAUUUUGUUACAUUACAGCCUUAUUCUAUAAUUGAUUCAAUUGUUGUUGUUUUUUCUCUUCAAUCUACACACAAUAGCCCACAAUGACAAAGCAAAAACAGGAUUUUAGAAAUGUUUACACAUUUAUUACAAAUUAAAAACUGAAAUAUCCAAAGUUUGGGGUCACUUAGUAAUUUCCUUGUUUUCAAUGAAAACAUACAUGAAAUGAGUUGUAAAAUGAAUAGGAAAUAUAGUCAAGAUGUUGACACGGUUAUAAAUGAAUGAAAAUAAUGAUUUUAAUUGUGUCCUUCAAACUUUGCUUUCAUCAAAGAAUCCUCCUUUUGCAGCAAUUACAGUCUUGCAGACCUUUGGCAUUCUAAUUGUGAAUUUGUUGAGGUAAUCUGAGGAUAUUUCACCUCAUGCUUCCUGAUGCACCUCCCACAAGUUGUAUUGGUUUGAUGGGCACUUCCUACGUACCAUAAGGUCAAGCUGCUCCCUACCUCUUGAAACUAGGGGGCACUAUUUUUAUUUUUGGAAAGAUAAUGUUCCCAAAGUAAACCGCCUAUUUCUCAGGACCAGAUGCUAGAAUAUGCAUAUAAUUGACAGCUUAGGAUAGAAAACACUAAAGUUUCCAAAACUGUCCAAAUAUUGUCUGUGAGUAUAACAGAACUGAUAUUGCAGGCGAAAGCCUAAGAAAAAUCCAAUCAGGAAGUGACUCAUGUUUUGAAACCGUUGUGUUCCUAUGUUCCCCUAUUGGCCACUGAAAGGGAUAUCAACCAGUUUCCUUUUUCUACGUAUUCCCUAAGGUGUCUACAGCAUUGUGACAUAGUUUCACGCCUUUAUGUUGAAGAAUGAGUGUAAACGACUACAUUGCGUAAGUGGCCAGCUGAGGGCUCUCAGAGUGAUUCUUGCGUAAAAGACAGAGGUAGUCAUUUUUCCUCUCGCUCCUACUGAAAAGCCAAUUGUCCCGGUUGAUAUAUUAUCGAAUAGAUAUUUGAAAAACACCUUGAGGUUUGAUUAUAAAAAAGGAUUUGCCAUGUUUCUGUCGAUAUUAUGGAUAUAAUGUGAUUUUUUUUCCGGUGUUGUUGUGACCGCUGUUUCCAGUGGAUUUCUCAACAUAACGUUACAAACAAACGGAGGAAUUUGGGGUAUAAUAAUCUGUAAAGCAUAAUUUCAAAAUCUGAGAUGACAGGGUGAUUAACAAAAGGCUAAGCUGUGUUUCACUAUAUUUCACUUGUGAUUUCAUGAAUAUGAAUAUUUUCUAGUAAUAUUUUUUGGACCCUGCGCUAUGCUAAUUAGUGUAGUUGAUGACAAUUCUCCCGGAUCCGGGAUGGGUAGUUCCAAGAGUUAACAUCUCAAUAUGGUUGUGAUCCGGUGACUGUGCUUGCCACUCCAUUAUAGACAGAAUACCAGAAUAUAAUAUCCAUUAUAGACAGAAUACUGACUGCGUAUCCCCUAAAUAGCUAUUGCAUGGUUUGGAGCUGUGCUUUGGGUCAUUGUCCUGUUGUAGGAGGAAAUUGGCUCCAAUUAAGCGCGGUCCACAGGGUAUGGCAUGGCAUUCCCAAAUGGAGUGAUAGCCUUCCUUCUUCAAGAUCCCUUUUACGCUGUACAAAUCACUUUACCACCACCAAAGCACCAGCAGACCAUCACAUUGCCUCCACCAUUCUUGACAGAUGGCGUCAAGCAGUCCUCCAGCAUCUUUUCAAUUUUUCUGCAUCUCACGAAUGUUCUUUGUGACCCAAACACCUCAAACUUAGAUUUGUCUGUCUAUAACACUUUUUUCCAAUCUUCCUCUGUCCACUGUCUGUGUUAUUUUGCCCAUCUUAAUCUUUUCUUUUUAUUGACCAGUCUGAGAUUGCUUUUUCUUUGCAACUUUGCCUAGAAGGCCAGCAUCACGAAGUCGCGUCUUCAUUGUUGACGUUGAGACUGGUGUUUUGCGGGUACUAUUUAAUAAAUCUGCCAGUUGAGGACUUGUGAGGUGUCUGUUUCUCAAACUAGACACUCUAAUAUACUUGUCCUCUUGCUCAGUUGUGCACUGGGGCCUCCCACUCUUUCUAUUCUGGUUAGAGACAGUUUGCACUGUUACUCUGAAGGGAGUAGUACACAGCGUUGUACGAGAUCUUCAGUUUCUUGGAAAUUUAGCCUUCAUUUCUCAGAACAAGAACAGACUGACGAGUUUCAGAAGAAAGUUCUUUGUUUCUGGCCAUUUUGAGCCUGUGAUCGAACCCACAAAUGCUGAUGUUCCUAAUACUCAACUAGUCUAAAGAAGGCCAGUUUUAUUGCUUCUUUAAUCAGGACAACAGUUUUCAGCUGUGCUAACAUAAUUGCAAAAGGGUGUUCUAAUGAUCAAUUAUCCUUUUAAAAUGAUAAACUUGGAUUAGCUAACACAAUAUGCAAUUGGAACACAGGAGUGAUGUUUGCUGAUCAUGGGCCUUUGUACAAGCUAUGUAGAUAUUUCGUACAAAAUCAGCCGUUUCCAGCUACAAUAGUCAUUUACAACAUUAACAAUUUCUACACUGUAUUUCUGAUCAAUUUUAUGUUAUUUUAAUGGACAACAAAUGUGCUUUUCUUUCAAAAACAAGGACAUUUCUCAGUGACCCCAAACUUUUAUAUGGUAGUGUAAGUAUUCAGAACCUUUACUCAGUACUUUGUUGAAGCAUCUUUGGCAGUGAUUACAGCCUCGAGUCUUCCUGGGUAUGACACUACAAGCUUGGCACACCUGUAUUUGGAGAGUAUCUCCCAUUCUUCCCCACAGAUCCUCUGAAGAUCCUCCCAUUCUCCUCAUCCAACCUCUGUCAGGUUGGAUGGGGAGUGUCGCUGCACAGCUAUUUUCAGGUCUCUCCAGAGAUGUUCGAUCGGGUUCAAGUCCGGGCUCUGGCUGGGCCACUCAAGGACAUUCAGAGACAUGUCCCGAAGCCAAUCUUGCGUUGUCUUGGCUGUGUGCUUUGGGUCGUUGUCCUGUUGGAAGGUGAACCUUCACCCCAGUCUGAUGUCCUGAACACUCUGGAGCAGGUUUUCAUCAACAAUCUCUCUGUACUUUUCUCUGUUUAUCUUUGCCUCGAUCCUGACUAGUCUCCCAGUCCCUGUCGCUGAAAAACAUCCCCACAGAUGCUGCCACCACCAUGCUUCACCGUAGGGAUGGUGCCAGGUUUCCUCCAGAGGUGAUACUUGGCAUUCAGGCCAAAUAGUUCAAUCUUCGUUUCAUCAGACCAGAGCAUCUUGUUUCUCAUGGUCUGAGAGUCCUUUGGGUGCCAUUUGGCAAACUCCAAGUGGGCUGUCAUGUUCCUUUUACUGAAGAGUGACUUCAGUCUGGCCAUUCCACCAUAAAGGCCUGAUUGGUGGAGUGCUGCAGAGAUGGUUGUCCUUCUGCAAGGUUCUCCCAUCUCCACAGAGUGACCUGUCUCAGAGCUCUACAGACAAUUUCUUCGACCUCAUGUCUUGGUUUUUGUUCUGAUAAUUCACUGCCUUUCCAAAUCAUGUCCAAUCAAAUGAAUUUACCACAGGUGGUCUCCAAGUUGUAGAAACAUCUCAAGGAUGAUCAAUGUUAACAGGAUGCACCUGAGCUCAAUUUCGAGUCUCCUAGCAAAGGGUCUGCAUAUUUAGGUAAAUAAGUCAAAAAAUAAAACAAAAUCGCUUUGUCAUUAUGUGGUAUUGUUUAUAGAUUGAUGGAAAAUGUUUAUUUGAUUAAUUUUAGAAUAUGUAACAAAAUGUGGAAAAAGUCAAGGGGUCUGAAUAAUUUCCGAAUGCACUGUACACAAGCACGGAAGGGUGUGUGUUAACCCUUGUAUGUUAGAUGUUUGAAAAAACAUAUGUAUUCAUUCACUAAAGCAGAGGAAAGAAUUGAGGUAUUCACUACAUCCCCUUUUCUAUUGGGUGUUUUAUCUUUUUGUUUAUCUUUUUUAGGAAGAUUUGUAAGUAAUUGCCAUGUGAACACGAUGCAGGUGCUGCAGCUUCACACGUCAGCCAAAGAUACAUUAAUUGUCUGAAUGUUUGUGUGUGUGUGUGUGUGUGUGUGUGUGGGGGGGAUUUAUAAAUGGGUGGGGAAUGCGGGACAUUGAGGUUAAAGGCAUUUGGAAAUGUACAUAAUUAUUUUUUAAAUUGAAUCAAAUUGUAUUUUUAGCCUGUCUGCGAUGGCAUGUAGUUGUUUUCUAUUUAGUUGUUUUGUGUGUGUAUAUAUGUAUAUGCAACUAAUUUGCAUAUAAAUCAAUUAUUUACACACUAUGUAUGUAAAUUAAUGUAAUAUUCAUGCAUAUUAUGUUGAUUUAUAUAUGCGGAUGGGAAUUGACAUCCAGGACAAUUUAUUCUUUACAAGUCAGUGCAAAGACGCUGGAUAUUUGUUGACGUUUUCCAUUUUGACAUCUGAGAGUAUUUCUUAAAGCAGGAUUAACGAGUUGGCUAAACCUUACUAAAUAAAAUAGUCUGAAACAGCCA